GUCGCGUCCAGUCUUCGUCGCAGCGAGCUUCGCGCGUUUCCUUCUGCCGCGUCUGCUUCUCACAGAGUUGCCGGGUUUUCGCGUUUGCCACCAGCUAUUCACAAGUCAAAGUUAGCAAAUUCAAACAACAAGGGGAGUUUGAACAUCGACUCUUCUCGAAAAACUUUCAUAUUGUAAACUGAUUUCGGAACUAAUUUUGCAAAGUGGAAAGUGAUAGAAGGGAAAGUGUUUCCGAUAAUUAUUCGAAAGUGACUUCUUUGAAGGGACUUACGUGGGGCAGGAGGGCUUGCAGCCCACCCCACAGCCCUCUCUGUAGUUUCUAAACGUCUGCAAUUCAAAAUGACUGUCAUCUUAAUUAUCUCAAAUUGAAGUUCUAGAGGAGGAUAUUAUCGGUUCUACUUUAAAAACAAUUUUCAAUAAGUAUUGAACUAAUUAAUAUUUUGAAUUGAUUGUUCUCGUAUAAGUUGUCAGUAUGCUUGCUGCUCGAAUUGAAACUAGAAUGUCUUCGAAAAGUUUUAACCGAAGAAACUAUCUUCUGCAGAAAAUUGCAUUUGUGAGUUUGUGCCUGUGCACAUUUAUCGAUGCAACAUCGUCUUGUCGAGGUGGAAACCAUUGGCCAGUGGAGAAGCGCGCCAGACACGCCGAAUUGGUUUUCAAAGCUCUGGCUGUGGAAAACUACCCGGCUAUCGAUGUGGAAAAUCCGCCGGAAAAAGGGUUUCGAUACACGACGCAGUUCUGGUUGAUAAACGUGUACAAGGGGGACCAACAGCUGGCCAAGUAUCUCAGUCUGGAGGAAACACUCACCAAUGGAAUAUACGACAUACAUGACCGGCGAGUGAAUGUGACCCGAUUCUACCGACCGAACGCGACUGCUACGCCCAACUGCUGGAAGCCAGUGACGUCACAAAAAUAUUACGUCAUAUUUGCUGAGAUGUUCGACAACCAUUUGGCGGCGAAAGACGAUGACACACUGGGCGCUUAUACUGAUUGGUCCGAGAAGAACGAACAGAAGGCUUGGCGUGGCGCUGGUUGGGAGCAGUGGUCAGAGUGGGCUGCAUGCAGCGCUUCCUGUGGAGACGGAUCACAGAUUCGCAGCCGAUAUUGCCUGCUGCAGGACGGGUGUCGAGGAUUCAACCGCGAGAAGAGACGUUGCAACACCUUUCCAUGUGAAGUUUGUGAAAAAACUCACCCAUGA